AUGGACGACGGGGGCAGCAAUAAGCAGCGGCAAGCGACACGAGUCUUCAAGAAGAGUUCGCCCAAUGGAAAGAUCACAGUAUAUUUAGGGAAAAGAGACUUCGUUGAUCACAUCACACAUGUCGACCCAAUUGAUGGAGUGGUCCUAAUCGACCCUGAGUACGUGAAGGAUAGGAAGGUGUUUGGUCACGUGCUGGCGGCGUUCCGGUACGGUAGAGAGGACCUUGACGUGCUAGGUCUCACCUUCAGGAAGGAUCUUUACUUAGCUGCUGAACAGAUCUACCCACAGACGAACGUACAAAAGCGUCCAUUAACGCGACUACAAGAACGUUUAGUACGCAAGCUGGGUCCGUCUGCACAUCCCUUCUACUUCGAGCUACCUCCUCAUUGUCCAGCCUCUGUGACUCUUCAACCAGCUCCUGGUGAUACGGGAAAGCCAUGUGGGGUAGAUUAUGAGUUGAAGGCUUUCGUCGCUGAUUCACAGGAUGAUAAGCCACAUAAAAGAAAUUCAGUGCGGUUGGCAAUUAGAAAGAUAAUGUAUGCGCCGAGUAAGCAAGGGGAGCAGCCGUCCGUCGAGGUUUCUAAGGAAUUUAUGAUGAGCCCGAACAAAAUGUACCUAGAAGCUUCAUUAGACAAGGAGUUAUAUCAUCACGGCGAGAAUAUAGCAGUGAACGUGCACAUAGCGAACAACUCGAAUCGAUCGGUGAAACGGAUCAAGGUGUCUGUGCGUCAGUUUGCGGACAUUUGUCUCUUCUCCACUGCGCAGUAUAAGUGCACUGUGGCUGAAGCCGAGAGCGAAGAGGGCUGUCCAGUGGGACCAGGGUUUACGCUGAGCAAGGUCUUCACAUUGACUCCACUCCUCGCAAAUAACAAGGAUAAAUGGGGUCUAGCGCUUGAUGGACAGUUGAAGCAUGAGGACACCAACCUUGCUUCCAGUACGCUAAUAGCGGAUCCCGCACAACGCGAAAAUCUCGGUAUUAUUGUACAGUACAAAGUAAAAGUUAAACUCUGCUUGGGGCCACUUGGAGGGGACCUUAGCGCAGAGCUACCCUUCAUCCUGAUGCAUCCGAAGCCCGAAGAGGAGCCUCCCCGUUUACUUCCAGAUCCCACUCCGGCUGAUCAUGAUCUUAUUCAGCUUGACCCUCAACCAAAUGAAAACGGUCAAGAUCAAGACGACGAUAUAAUUUUCGAAGACUUCGCUCGACUCAGGCUGAAAGGGGCAGACGCCGAUGCCUGA